AUGACGGCUUUGCUGGCCCAAGUGCCUCUUGUCAUUCUCUGUUAUAUUACCACUGCUGUAACAAUUAAGAUAGAUGAUGUAAAUCUUUGCAAGCGGCAACCUUUUCGAGGUCGAUGUCCUACCGUAAAAGGCAAAGGUCCAAUACGUUCUCAAUUUGUAUUACGUUAUUAUCUCAGGGAUAACGAAUGCGUCUCUUAUCCUUUCGGACAUUGUGCGGAUGAUGAAAAUGAACCGAUGCUAUACAGAUACAAAGACGAAUGUGAAAAGGCCUGUCUCAAUAAAUGGCCUAAUAGUGGUACUACAACUGAAAAUUCGAAUACAAUAAGAAAAUCAACAAUUGCUUUAGGUAGUAAAAUUACUGCCAAUGAUACUGAUACCGAUAAGACUGAUAAACAUGUCGAUACAAUAACUGAAUCAUUUACUGCAAAUGAUACUACAAUGCUAUCAAAACGAAUUGCAUUUGCUGAUCAGAAAAAUGCGCCUCAUAAAUUACUCACCGAAUGCGAAAGGAGUAGACAAGCAAGUGAAUCAGGCCUUAGCAAGAGUGAUUUUAUUCCGAUCUGUACUGCUGAUGGUUCUUAUCGGCCAUUACAAUGUGAAAAACAGAGGAAGAAUUGUUUCUGUGUGGAUCAUAACGGUAUCAAAAUACCGAAUUCCGAUUCAAAUAGUGCUAAAAAACCGGAUUGCAAACGAAUAAUAAAAGCGCAAAAGUCAUUAAUCUAUGAAUGUUUAUCAGCAGUAGAUUCUGGACCAUGUAAUACAGCAAUCAAAAGAUGGUAUUAUGAUAAAAGGGAACGACAAUGCAUCCAAUUUGAAUAUUCUGGUUGUGGUGGUAAUGGUAACAAUUAUCCAACCAAAGCAUUAUGUGAGAAACAAUGCAAAUCAACAAGUAAUGAACCGAAAUGCAAAGAUGGCUUGGAGCCACUAAAGAAUGAAAAUGGUCAUUUGGUCAAUUGUAGUGAAAGUGCAUGUCCCGAUGGGUACUUAUGCUCCGUUGCACAAUUAGGAUCAGCUUGUUGUCCUAUUAAUGCUUCGCGUAAUGUUGGAUCCAAUAUUUGUCAACUCCCGAAAGAACGGGGUCCUUGUGAUCAAUAUGAACUUAGAUUUUAUUACAACAAUCGUCUUGGAGAAUGCAAAUAUUUCUUCUAUGGCGGAUGUGAAGGCAAUGCAAAUAAUUUUGAACGAGUAGAAGAAUGCGAACGCAUUUGUCGACAACGUGAAGUGAAACUUACUGCAACAUCAAUAGUAUCAGCACCUCAGCUAAUUACUUCGGGACCACAGAUGAGAAAGCUUAACAAAGAGUUUGGAGCAAAAAAUUCCAAAAAAACUAGCGAAGAGAACGAAUUGAUAGAAUUAACUGAUAAUGCUGCUUCAGCUAACAAUGAAUACAAUACAAACAGUGUUUCGAAUGCCACGGGAAAUAUUGCUAAUGAUGAUACUACUAGUGAAGCUAAUCUAGAAACCAAAGAAACAAGUACCAGUUCAUCGGUAGCUAUAUUUCGUGAUCACUCAACCAUAAGUAAGGAUUUAUCUAGUACCAGUACUACAGCAACUAGUACUGAUCAAAGUAAGCUACAACUAUCGCAAAAAAUUGAUCAAAAUAUUCAUAAGAAGAUUAAACAAAAGGGAACAAUGACAUCAUUGGAUAGCAGUAAUACUGAUAAAGUAAUUGAUUUUACAACUGUCAAACCUGAGAAUACAACUGCGACAUUUGACAACUUAGAGAAGUUUGUCGUUUCCGAUGAUGAAUCUUAUAGAAAUGAGCAGAAAUUCUCGAGUAAAUCAAUCACAACUACUGGUCAACAAUUAUCCAGCAGUGGAAAACAAAUCACAAUAUCCACAUCAACAUCAAUGACAACAGAAGAAAGAUCAUCCGACACAUCAAGAUCCUUACCCAUUUCAACAACUCUAGUUACUGUACCUCUUCGUGAUGUCAUAACAUCGCAAUUGAUUACAUCUCCAACAAUGAAAUCAAUAGUACCACAACUAACUGAAAAUAUGGUUGAUCAGUGUUUCCAAAAACUUGAUCGUGGUACUUGCACCGGACAAUUCAUUCGAUGGUAUUGGGACUCAGAAAAAAACACCUGCCAAGUAUUCACUUACUCCGGAUGUGGCGGAAAUGGAAAUAACUUUCGAAGCCGCGAAGAUUGCUUUGCUGCAUGUCAUCAAUCUCCACAACCAAUAAUCAACGUGGAUAAUGUCUGCGAGCACACCAUCCAUCCUGGUGAUUGCACCGGUGUCUUCGAGAGGUUUGCCUUCGAUUCCACGAUCAACGAUUGUCGGCCAUUUACAUAUACUGGUUGUGGUGGUAAUGGGAACAACUUUGGAAGUUCCUUAGAAUGUCGCAACAGGUGUAUUAUGCAAAGACCAACUCUUUCAACCGAUGUAUGUCAACAUCCAAUUGAAGUGGGUGAAUGUUCUGGUGUAUUCCCGCGAUUUGCAUAUGAUCUGGUAGCUAAUGAAUGCCGACCAUUUACAUAUGGUGGUUGCGGUGGUAAUGGCAAUAAUUUCGGAUCUAUUAUCGAAUGCAAAAAAACGUGUGUUCGAGGACAACCAGAUGUAUCAAUGCGAUGUCCCACGGUGGACAUAUCGUUGUGUGUAGAGCCAUGUAUUUUAUUCACAAACCGCCGCGGUUGUCAUGAAUGCACAUGUCCAAUGGUACAACCUAAAAAGGUUGAAAAUGCUCUGAUUGAAUCGUCCACUUCUUCUCCUUCAAUAUCUGAUACAUCAACUGAUGAACCGAAACUUUUCGAGGCUGAUCAAUUUCUGCAAAAUCAAGUUGACAAAAAGAAUGAACCAACAUCUUCUCAUCCUGAAAGAAUCUCUCAAACAAAUUCUGUAAUUGAAUUGGGUGAAAAAUGUACACAACCUAUGGAUGCAGGUCCAUGUAAGAAUUACAUUGAACGUUGGUUUUUCAAUGUUAAUACUAGUUUAUGCCAAUCAUUUCAAUAUGGUGGUUGUGCUGGUAAUCGGAAUCAUUUCUUCUCAAAGCAUGAAUGUGAAAUACAUUGUGCUCGAUUUUUUAGUAAGUUCUUCUAUUAUUAA